AUGAAAAAGAGUAUAAAAGGCAGCCCAAGUCUCUGCUCUCUCAUCCACUUCUCUUGCUUCCUUCUGCUUGGGAACCAGGUGCAUCUACAGCCUCAAGACAUGUCCUGCAACACCCAGUGCCGUCCUUGCCAGCCCUGUGGCCCCACUCCGCUGGCCAACAGCUGCAAUGAGCCCUGUGUCAGGCAAUGCCAGGACUCCACCGUGGUCAUUCAGCCACCUGCUGUGGUGGUGACCCUGCCCGGGCCCAUCCUCAGCUCCUUCCCACAGAACACCGUGGUGGGAUCCUCCACCUCUGCUGCUGUUGGGAACAUCCUCAGCUGUGAUGGAGUGCCCAUCAACUCUGGGGGCUUUGACAUCUCCUCCAUCACCAGGCGUUACGGUGGAAGGAGAGGCCUCCCUUGCUAA